UUCGCGACGCUGAUCUCGCGGGAAGUGCGAGAACGCGCCAAACUAAGAAAACACAAGGCUUGUCACUGUCAGUGAAACAACGAUACAGGUUAGAAAUAACUCCAAAAUAUUACCAGAUGCAGAAUCUGUCGCCGACAUAACACCAUAUCGCAGCUGGUAACUACUUUUGUUGGCCCGCGGUCUGCCCACUUCACAAAAUGGUGUUUCGAAAUAGUGGGAGAUUCAAAUCGGACCAGGGUAAAAGUGGAGAUCAGGAGAACCAGGAUGAUGGCUCCUCAAUGUCGGCCCUCAAGAGGCUGGAGCGCAGCCAGUUCACGGAUGAGAUGGACAGUCGCUUCGGCUUCGAUAGGAUGAAAGAACCCGGAGAGAAAACUGGAUGGUUGAUCAACAUGCACCCAGCUGAGAUCCUGGAUGAAGACAAAAGGUUGAUCAGUGUUGUGAACUAUUAUUUUAUCCAGGAGGAUGGAAGCAGGUUUAAGGUCGCGCUCCCUUUCAAGCCUUAUUUUUAUAUUGCUACAAAAAAGAACUGCGAAAGAGAAGUCAUCUUAUAUUUGUCAAGGAAGUUCCAAGGCAAAGUGUCCAAGCUUGAAAUAAUCUCAAAAGAGGAUCUGGACCUGCCCAACCACCUGGUAGGACUGAAGAGAGGCUACAUUAAGCUGUCCUUCAAUACUGUGGAUGACCUCAUCAAGGUCAAGAGGGAGAUUUCUCCAGCGGUACGCAAAAACAGAGAAAGAGAACAGUCUAAUGAUGUCUACACGUCAAUGUUAUCAAGUGCACUAUCAGGUGGGAAUGUGACUUCAGCAGAGGAAGAUGGGAUGUCCAAGAAUAUUUCUGACCAAUUAGACAACAUUGUGGACAUGAGGGAGUAUGAUGUGCCUUACCACGUGCGCGUGUCCAUUGACCUAAAGAUCCACGUGGCUCACUGGUACAAUGUUCGAUACAGAGGCAGCACUUACCCACCCGAGAUUGUUCGCAGAGACGAUCUUGUCGAACGACCCGACCCUGUCGUUUUGGCUUUUGACAUAGAGACCACCAAACUUCCACUAAAAUUCCCAGAUGCAGAGACUGAUCAAAUCAUGAUGAUCUCAUAUAUGAUUGAUGGGCAGGGCUUUCUAAUCACAAACAGAGAGAUUGUCUCUGAAAACAUUGAAGACUUUGAGUUCACACCCAAACCUGAAUAUGAAGGUCCAUUCACUGUUUUUAAUGAGAAUGAUGAGGUGGCACUUAUUCAGAGGUUCUUUGAUCACGUUCAAGAGACCAAACCUAACAUCUUUGUCACCUAUAACGGAGACUUCUUUGAUUGGCCUUUUGUGGAGACACGAGCUUCCGUGCACGGACUGAACAUGCACAGGGAGAUCGGCUUCCAGAAGGACAGCCAGGGAGAGUACAAGUCCACUCAGGCCAUCCACAUGGACAGUUUUAGGUGGGUUAAGAGAGAUAGCUACCUGCCGGUGGGAAGCCAUAAUCUGAAGGCCGCAGCAAAGGCUAAACUGGGCUAUGACCCCGUGGAGCUGGACCCGGAGGAGAUGUGCCGCAUGGCAACGGAGGAACCACAAACGUUAGCCACCUACUCCGUGUCAGAUGCUGUGGCCACAUAUUACCUUUACAUGAAGUAUGUUCACCCCUUCAUCUUUGCUCUGUGCACUAUCAUCCCCAUGGAGCCCGAUGAGGUGCUGCGUAAAGGCUCUGGCACUCUAUGCGAAGCUCUGCUCAUGGUGCAGGCCUUCCACGCCAACAUUGUCUUCCCCAACAAGCAGGAGCAAGUCUUCAACAAGCUGACAGACAACGGCCACGUCUUGGAUUCUGAGACUUACGUGGGUGGCCACGUGGAAGCGCUGGAAUCUGGAGUGUUUCGAAGUGACAUUCCCUGCCGUUUCAAAAUGAAUCCAGCUGCGUUUGACUCUUUAUACCAGCGAGUUGAACAAACAAUGCGUCAUGCCAUUGAGGAAGAGGAAAAGAUCCCCCUUGAGCAAGUCACCAACUUUAAUGAAGUCUGUGAAGACAUCAAAAAGAAGCUGUCUUCCUUGAAAGAGGUUCCAAACAGGAUUGAGUGUCCCCUCAUAUACCAUCUUGACGUUGGUGCAAUGUACCCCAACAUCAUCCUCACCAACCGUCUACAGCCUUCCGCUAUGGUAGACGCAGCCACUUGUGCAGCCUGCGACUUCAAUAAACCAGGCGCCACUUGUCAAAGGAGGAUGGCUUGGCACUGGAGAGGGGAAAUCAUGCCCGCCAGCCGUAGUGAGUUCCACCGUAUCCAGCAGCAACUGGAGUCCGAGAAGUUCCCUCCGUUCUUCCCGAACGGUCCACCUCGGGCCUUCCACACACUCAACAGGGAAGAACAGGCUAAGCAUGAGAAAAAACGUCUUGCAGACUACUGCAAGAAGGCUUAUAAGAAGAUACACGUCACCAAGUUGGAGGAGCGAGUCACUACUAUCUGUCAGAGAGAAAACUCCUUCUAUGUGGAUACUGUUCGAGCUUUUCGAGAUCGGCGAUAUGAGUUUAAAGGUCUACACAAGGUGUGGAAGAAGAAACUGUCCGCAGCUCAAGACAGCGGAGAUGCUGCCGAAGCCAAGCGUUGUAAGAACAUGGAGAUCCUGUAUGACUCUCUUCAGCUGGCCCACAAGUGUAUCCUGAACUCGUUUUACGGCUAUGUCAUGAGAAAAGGAGCUCGCUGGUACUCAAUGGAGAUGGCUGGCAUUGUGUGCUACACUGGUGCCAAUAUCAUCACUCGGGCAAGAGAGCUCAUCGAACAAAUAGGGAGGCCACUUGAAUUGGAUACUGAUGGUAUCUGGUGCGUCCUUCCAAAUACUUUCCCGGAGAACUUUGUAGUGAAGACUAGUAACGAGAAAAAGCCCAAGGUGACCAUCUCUUACCCUGGUGCCAUGCUGAAUAUCCUGGUUAAGGAAGGGUUCACCAACGAGCAGUAUCACGAGCUGGUAGACCAUGCAUCGCUCACGUAUAAUAUCAAGGCGGAGAACAGCAUCUUCUUCGAAGUGGACGGUCCGUAUCUUGCCAUGAUUCUUCCUGCCUCGAAAGAAGAAGGCAAGAAGUUAAAGAAAAGAUACGCCGUAUUCAAUGAGGAUGGCUCUCUGGCUGAGCUGAAGGGUUUUGAAGUGAAGAGAAGAGGAGAGCUGCAGCUCAUCAAGAUCUUCCAGUCUUCCGUGUUUGAAGCUUUCCUCAAAGGUACCACCUUGGAGGAGGUCUACGCCUCUGUAGCCAAAGUGGCUGACUACUGGCUGGAUGUGCUGUACAGCAAGGCUGCCAACAUGCCGGAUGCUGAGUUGUUUGACCUGAUAUCCGAAAAUCGCUCCAUGUCGAAAAAGUUGGAGGACUACGGAGAGCAAAAGUCCACUUCUAUUAGCACAGCCAAGAGACUGGCAGAGUUCCUGGGAGACCAAAUGGUGAAAGAUGCUGGUCUUAGCUGUCGUUACGUCAUCUCACGAAAGCCAGAAGGAUCUCCUGUGACGGAGAGAGCCAUCCCUUUGGCCAUCUUCCAAGCUGAGUCAAGCGUGACCAAACAUUUUCUGCGCAAAUGGCUGAAGAUGCCCAGCCUGCAUGACUUUGACAUCCGCUCAAUCCUUGAUUGGAGUUACUACAUUGAAAGGCUAGGGAGCGCAAUCCAGAAAAUUAUCACCAUCCCUGCAGCUCUCCAACAGGUGAAGAAUCCAGUUCCCCGAGUCCGACAUCCCGACUGGCUUCACAAGAAGCUUCUUGAGAAGAAUGAUAUCUACAAACAAAAGAAAAUCAGCGAGCUGUUCACCAGUGAGGGCAAGAGACAGGUGGCUCCUCUGCGCCACGAGGGCCAUCCAGUUCCCGAUAUGGAGGACUUUAGGACGCCAGCUAAGCCGCUGCAGCCGGCCAUCCUCAUCAGCACCAAGAGGAAGAGAACUUCUCAGGGGGAGGACAGCCAGGUGGAAUCUCAGGAUCUUGAGCUUACCCAGUCAUGGAGAGAGGUUUUGGGACCGCCACCACCAAUGGGCAAGACAAAAGAGGAGCGCCUUGUGUGGUUGCGUUACCAUAAGAAAAAGUGGGAGCUGCAAAUGAAGCAGAGGAAGGAAAGAAAGAAAAAGCGAAGACUUCUGGAUGGCGAAGCCCAACCUGUCGGCGGAGGAUUGAUCAGGGAUGGCCACACCACAGGUCUGGGAAGUUUCCUCCGCAAAACGGCUCGUAGCAUCCUGGACAUGCCUUGGCAAGUCGUGCAGAUUGCAGAAACGAGCCACCCCGGACUUUACAAGUUAUGGGCAGUCAUUGGAAAUGACCUCCAUUGCAUGAAGCUCAACAUUCCUCGCAUCUUCUAUGUCAACCAAAAAGUCCCGAAACAGGAGGAGGGACCAACAUACAAAAAGGUGACUCGCUUGCUCCCUCGCUCCAACAUGGUCUACUACCUGUAUGAGUAUUGUGUGCCCGAGGACAUGUACCAGGAGCACAUUAACGAGAUCAACGCUGACCUCUCGGCCCCAGACAUUGAAGGGGUUUAUGAAACACAGGUGCCACUACUUUUUCGUGCACUGGUGCAACUCGGAUGUGUGUGUAUGGUCAGUAAGCGUGUUGGGAGGGAUAUGGCCGGCAGGGAGGCAGACACUUUUGAUCUGGAGAAUCUGGAUAUGAAGUCUCUAGCUCAGUUCAGCUACUUGGAGCCAGGGAGUGUUCGCCACAUGUACCUUUACCAUCACAGUCAGGGUCACAAGGCCUUGUUUGGUCUUUUCAUCCCUUCUCAGCGCAAAGCCAACAUCUUUGUUCUGGACACUGUGCGAAGCAACCAGAUGCCAAACCUCAGUAAUGUCUACACUGCUGAACGCACUGCCUUGUUGGAAAAAACUACAGAGGACCUUCUGCCUCCAGAAAAACACAAUUUUGAGGUUCGGGCUGAAAAUGAUGUGAAGGCCAUCCACCGUGCACUGCAGCGUAUACUUCUGAGCUACAAAGAGGAGCGCCGGGGUCCGACCCUCAUCGCAGUUCAAUCCAACUGGGAGUUGCGACGACUGACUACGGGGAUGCCAGUUUUGGACGAAUUCCCGGUUGUACCGGUGCAUGUUAUUGAUGAAAUCAGUUACAAUGUGCUGGACUGGCAGCGACAUGGAGCUCGGCGCAUGAUCCGCCACUAUCUGAAUCUGGACAGCUAUCUAUCGCAGGCUUUUGACAUGGCUCGGUACUACCACUUACCUGUAGGAAACCUGCCCCAGGAUGUCUCAAUAUUCGGUUCUGACUUGUUCCUUGCUAGACAUCUUCGGAAACACAAUCACCUCCUAUGGCUCUCUCCAACAGCGAGGCCAGAUCUGGGUGGCAAAGAGGCGGAUGACAGCCGCCUUGUUAUGGAAAGUGAUGAUCGGUGCUCUGUUGAGAUUAAUGCCCAAGGGUGCUACUCCACAGUGUGUGUGGAGCUGGACCUGCAAAGCUUGGCUGUGAACACCAUCCUCCAGUCACAGCACGUCAAUGACAUGGAGGGAGGAGCCAGUCUGGGUGUUAGUUUUGAUGUGAUCCAACAGGCGUCUUUGGAGGACAUGAUGUCAGGAAACCAAGGAGCUAACUCACUCGCUAGCUACGACGAGACCGCCCUCUGCUCAAACACCUUCAGGAUCUUGAAGAGCAUGGUGGUGGGAUGGGUCCGAGAGAUCACACAGUACCACAACGUGUAUGCGGACAACCAGGUGAUGCACUUCUACCGCUGGCUGCACUCUCCCAGCUCGCUGCUCUAUGACCCCGCGCUGCACCGCACUUUGCACAACAUGAUGAAGAAGGUCUUCCUGCAGUUGAUUGCAGAGUUCAAGCGUCUUGGCUCCACUGUGGUGUACGGAAACUUCAACAGGAUCAUCUUGUGCACUAAAAAGCGGAGGAUAGAUGAUGCCAUUGGUUAUGUGGAAUACAUCACAAAUAGCAUACAUUCCAAGGAAAUCUUCCACUCUUUGUCCAUCUCCUUUUCUCGAUGUUGGGAAUUUUUACUGUGGAUGGAUCCGGCUAACAAUGGUGGUGUGAAAGGCAAACUUCCAUCCAGCAUCUUGUGCGGCGAGGAAGGAGUCAAAGCAAAGACAAACACAGAGGGAGAUGAAGAUGGCAGUGAAGAUGAAGAGGAUGAAGGGAAUGCUCAACAAGAUGAGGAAGAUGCAGCGACGGAUGAGGUGGAAGACUUGAUUGAGAGCAACUGGAAUAUCAUGCAGUACCUGCCGCAAAGUGCUUCCUGCCAGAACUAUUUCCUCAUGAUUGUGUCAUCUUACGUUGUAGCAGUUUACCAAAGCAUGAAAGAAGAACUGAAACGCAACACACCUGGUGCAACGCCAGUCAAGAGGCGAGGCAGCCAAAUUUCCCAGCAGGCCGUGGGGGAUUUGACUGCUCUUCCUGGAAUGAUCACUUUCUCCCAGGAGUAUGUGUCCACCGAGCUGACGCAGAAUAUUUUUACGAUUACGCAAAAAAUCAAAAAAAAAGUGACUGGUACCAGAAAUGUCACCCAGCCCUCGGAAAUGUUCCCGGUCUUGCCAGGCUCACACUUGCCACUUAACAACCCAGCUCUGGAAUUUGUCAAAUAUGUCUGUCAGGUCCUCUCACUAGAUGGCAACAUUGUGAACCAGGUAAACAAGCUAAAGAGGGACCUUCUGCGCCUUGUGGAUGUGGGGGAAUUUUCAGAAGAAGCCAAUUUCCGCGACCCCUGCAACUCGUACAUACUGCCCGAACUUAUAUGCCACAAUUGCAAUUUCUGUCGUGACCUCGACCUCUGCAAAGACCCGUCCGUGGCACAAGAUGGCGCCGUCUUACCACAGUGGUUUUGCUCAAACUGCCAAGCCCAGUAUGAGACCGAGUCUAUUGAGAUGGCUUUGGUGGAAGCCCUGCAGAAGAAAUUAAUGAGCUACACUUUGCAGGACUUGGUUUGUCCUAAAUGUAAAGGAGUGAAAGAAGCAAACAUGCCCCUCUACUGCAAAUGUGCCGGAGACUUUGAACUUACUUUCUCAACUAAGAACUUCUCAGAGCAGGUCGCAGUCUUUCGGAACAUUGCUUCCCACUACAACAUGAGCUUCCUGAAGGAGACCAUUGACUGGUUGAUGAUGAUGACUCCUCAGAUGAGCCAGAGCGAUUCUUAAAAGCACAGCUGAGAUUUGCAACUGUCUGUUGCAUUAGAACAAAUCAGUCGUCAUUGUUGGUGAGUGUUGCUUGAGUGCGUGCGUGUGUUUGUGAGCUGUAGAUAUGAUUGAACUCUCUGCGGUGGGAGUUUUGAAAUAUUGUAUGCACGUCAAUAAAUAUUUUUUACUUUGUAA